CUAUAAAACAACGAGAGGUGGAGACCCUAUCCCAAUCAUGGCGUCGUAAUAAACAUUUCUUUCCCGCGUGUGUCUUACUCACUCGCACUCCCACGCCCGCUCCAAUAUAUUCCUCAAUCUGUGUGUAACUCGCAGUGAACGAAAAAUGGCCGGUGGAAACGCCCCAGCAGCCUCUAAGGUGGCCUCGGUCUUCAUCGGACUCGGGUUUCUACUGUUUGUCGUGGGAUUUGGUGCCCCUUAUUGGGAGGAGUUCAUAUUGGGGGGACACGGUGGUUUGUGGCAGCGGUGUGGAGCAUUUUUGGGACUCGAUGGCUGCAAAUAUUACACUGAUCUAGAUGAUGUGGGGAAGGACACUUUUCUCCCCGACUGGUUUGAGUCCGUGAGAGUGUUCGAGGCGAUAGGACUGGUAGCCGCCCUAGUCGGACUUGUUUUCCUUCUGUUGUAUGUGUGUGUAUCAAAGACUGCCGGAAAUAAAAUCGUGGCCCUUCUCACUGCCAUCAUUACGCUAGGAACAGGGGGUGUUAUUCUUUUGGGUGUCAUCAUUUUUGGCUCCAAUAAAGACACGGAUAACUUAGACUGGGCCUUCGCCCUAGCCGCUGUCGGUGGCUGUUUUUACGUCAUUGCAGGAGUACUUCUCUUUGUUAGCAUGUGCUCUAAGUAAACUCAUUGUAUUUGUCAUUUUAUAGAAAUUAUACAUGAUUGCUUAU